CAUAAUGUGGGUCCACGGGUCCAGCCGAAUGGAAGGAACGAGACCGGCAGCCUGUGGGCCAAAAUAGCUAGAAGGCGUCGACCUUCUGAGCUUGAAGUUGCACAGUUUACUUCGCUUCCUUACUUGCAUUUUGGUUCUUCUGGUAGAGAUGACACUGGUGGCAAGAGAUGUGGCGGUUUGCCCAGUGUUACUUCCCUAACCGCCAGCGCCUGGCUUUCUCACGAUGCUCGUGAUCCCCACCUUUUGGCAAACGUGGCUGGACUUGGUCUUCUGCUCUUCCGCAUUGCCGAUCCCAGCACUAGCACCGAUAGGCAGUUUUCUAGUGCCCUGCCUCUUCGACUGGUCCUGCAGCGACGUUUCUCUAUAGCUCACGACCCAGGCCCUGGAUUACGAUUAAUUCACUCUUGUUAUGCUCCGCUCAUCUCCUUCCGUGCCGGGGCCUGUGCAGUCACAGGAAGUCAGGAUGGUAUCGUCUACGUUUUCGAUGUGUUGACUAAUCGACGAGGACGAGGUCCAAUAUCUUCGCUUCAAGGUGGUCUCAAAACUUUAAUAUUUUAUUAA